ACGUUACAGAGCUUGUCGUCAGUCACGUGAUCCACUAUUUAGUUUGUCUUUCCAUUUGUUCUGCUGGUCUGCUCCAGAGUGUUCCAGCCUUCCUCCUGACUUUCGCAGAGUCCCAGUGAAGAAACACACGAUGGCAAACGAGGCCAACCCUUGCCCGUGCGAUAUUGGUGAUCGAUCCGACUAUGGGGGGCUCGGCCAGGAGGUCCAAAUAGAUCACAUCAAGGCAUACGUGGUAAAACCCUCUGCUCCAUCAGAUAAGGCCGUUAUCGUCAUCCAUGACAUCUUUGGUUGGGAGCUUCCCAACACUAGAUACAUGGCUGACAUGCUGGCUGCCAAUGGAUACAUAGCUGUCUGCCCAGACUUCUUUGUUGGGAAGGAAGCAUGGAGCCCAACUAAAGACUGGGCCGAGUUCCAGGAGUGGCUGGAAGACAAAAAACCAACAAAUAUAAACAAAGAGGUUGACGCAGUGCUGAAGUUCCUGAAGGAGCAGUGUGGGUCCAAACGCAUUGGGACAGUGGGUUUUUGCUGGGGAGGAGUUGCCACACAUUACUUGGCUCUGUUGUAUCCAGAAAUCAAGGCCGGAGUGUCUGUUUAUGGAAUGGUACGAGAACGGGAGGACAAGUAUGAGCUGAAGAGCCCAACACUUUUCAUCUUUGCUGAAAACGAUCAAGUAAUCCCUCUAGAUCAGGUUAGUGCCCUGGAAGCAAAUCUGAAGGAGAAAUGCACCGUGGCCUUCCAGCUUAAAAUAUUUCCAGGACAGACUCACGGCUUCGUCCAUCGGAAGAGGGAGGACAUCGACCCUGCCGACAAGCCGCAAAUCCUGGAGGCCAGAACAGACAUGCUCAGUUGGCUCAACAAGCACAUGUAACACGGAGCGGAAAGGAACGGCUAACUGAUGUGUGCUUUGAGCCGCUAAUCCAGUCUCGGAUCAAUAAUCGUGUCUGUGAAAUAACUAGUGUAGUGAUAAUAGAGGGUAAAUUGGGUUAAGUAAAUUGCUUGAAAAGCUAUUUAUAUUAUUACCACUACUUGGGACCAAUAGCUAUGACUCUAUAUAAAUAUAGAUUAUCCCCUGCUUGGUCUUACGAUGAUUAAUUAGAAGAUCCUAGGAUCAUUUUAAUUAUUAAGGGAUCAUACACACUUCGCUUUGAUUCAAGAAACAGUCAGGUUUAUAAACAAAGCAAGAAUUUAUUUACAAACACUUUAAGACUUGACAAAUUGUUUAAACUAUUAUUUACUGUGAGUGGAUGCGAACUAAAGGAUAGUCUGGAACCUAUGUGUGAAUAGAAUGUAUUCGGAAUCUCCGUUGUCCGAGCUGAGUUCUGAAUAUAAAAGAAUUUGGUCAGCGUUAAGCUACAAGUUGCUAUUAUCAAAACUACAUGCAGACGCUAUCUCGCUGUGCUCUACCUCACCCGUUUGGAUCCGGGAUGUCCAGGAGGCGACGACCCCACUGCACCUGGCUCGUAGAGAAACCUCGAUGCGACCAAAUCAGUCCUCAGAUGUCUCCGGGUCACAACGAUAGAUGAAUGAAACCAAGUGUCUUAAAAAUAACUCUGAAGGAGUUUUGAGUCAGCUUUGUUCUGCAGGAAAACUAUCUUGUUCUCAGCUUCGCAGGUUCAACAAAGGUUUAAGGUUUUGACGUGUCAAAAUCCUUCUGGUUAAAGAGGUCUGCUAAAGAUGGCCGGUCUAAAGCUUGCUCUCGAACUGGAGAGGAACCAGAGUGGACUGGUUUUACAUAUUGAUGUUAUCAUUGAAUAGCCGACCACAGGUUGACAAGUAGAGGAUAUUACCAAGCAUCUCAGAACACACCCUGUGAUGGAGAGACUCUGAAUCUAGGCAAAAGGAAAUUUAUGUGUCAUGCAUUUACUUUACUUUACUUGUGAGUGCAAAUCUCGUCAAGUAAACAUACUAAUCAUGUCAUUAAACACAAAUCAAUGAAACAUUUCAUUAUUCAUAAUUAGCAAUAACAAAAGUUCAUUCAAUGAUUACUUUUAAUUAUAAAAUCUUUUCUUCUUCAUCUGGGAAUAAAGGAGUUUAUUUCUCUGUGAUAGACCCUGGAGGAGAAAAUAGUUAUUAUUUCUUUAUUAUCUCUGCAGUCCAGCUGGUGUGAGGAAGUAGCUCUGAUUAAAGGGCCUACGUGUAGACUCCCAGACUCCUGUCAGGGGAAAAUAUACGUGGGAUGUUUGAUAGCCAGGGUAAGUUGACCUGGCUGUGCAUUUGACCUGUGGAUCUCAAAAUCAGGCCAUUUCGUGACGUUACACUAGAAAUGUAUAAAAGUGCUAUUUGGUAGGUGAGGGUGGUUCGUGGUUAUACGAAUAAAUUUCUCAGAUUUUGCAAAUGUUUUACUUUAUAAAGACUAAUAGAACUUUCUUCUUGAUGGGGAGUUUUAGGCCACAUUCAGAUGUAGCUGGGUUUUUGUAAAAUCGGAUAUCCUCCAAUUAGGGACAAAACUCAGUAAAAUCCAGUUCAUUAAGCACAUUCAUAGGCAUGGCAGUAGUUCCCCAAAUCAUCGACUUCUUUGCCAAAAGACAUUGCAGACAGCCUUAAUGUCGUCCUUCACCUGUGAUCUACGUUGAGUAGUAAUGCUUUUUAAAAUGGAGUGUGUGCAGGUCGUACAUGUGGCGUCUAAAUAUUUUUGUCGUGCUGAAAGUGAGAACCCCGGUUAUUUACAUCUACAAGCAAAUUUCCAUUUUGGUUGGCGUUUUUGAGAAAAAUUAAAAUUUUGGUGGCAUUUGUGUGGAAUUUUGCCAAACUGUAAAAAAAUAUCUUCGUUUCGUGUAUAUCCAGCUUGGUGUACGUGGCAUUAAUUAUUGAAUGUUUAACCAAGUAGAUGCAUGUUUGUUCAGAUAAAUGUUGAUUCAUACGUAAUAAUUACUGUGAAAUAAUUAAGUCCCAACACACAUGAUGUGGAAUAAAAAGCAUGUUCAUCACAA